AUGUAAAUAGUGGGAAAAUUAUUUAGAACAAGCAUAGGAUAAUCAAACUUAAUACUCGAAUUUUAUAAAGUUCAUCUGAGACACCGCACUAAAGGCUAAGAUCUAUCUAAGAAUAUGACUUAUCUUUAUCUAAUUUCAGACAGAAAAAGCUAGAUAGUAAGUUUUCUAAAAGAAGAGAAUAAAAAACUCAAACCUAAAAGCAUAAGGAUUAAGUUGCAGAGAAUAAUUGGAAUUAAAAAUGUAAAUAAGACAUUCAAAAAUCCUAUUCCUGUUGAUUCAGUCUGA